AGCGGAAGACACUGCGCAUGCCUCGCAAAAUCCGCCUUUCUUCUCUUCCCAUUCGCGACACCUUUAUUUUCCCCUCGCUUACCCAGUUCAGUUAUGGUAAUUUUCCGGGUAGAAACAAUGUUCUACACGAGUGGUUCCUCCACUCACAUGCCCUAUUUAUAGAGCUAUUCCGUUCUAUAUAUCGCUUCCUGAUUUGCCGCCUUUACCAAGUAAAAGUGAGAGCAAAACAGCCUUUGUAAGCAAUAGGAACGCCUAGAUGAGAGGAAGGGGACAUUUUACAGUGUCGCGCACAUUUGGUGGUUGCUACGGUGGCAGUUGCCUCAGAAUUAAAACAUGGCUGGACAAAUAUCAGAAUCAGAUCAGAUCAAGCAGUUUAAGGAAUUUCUUGGAACAUACAACAAACUAACAGAAACCUGCUUCCUAGAUUGUGUGAAAGAUUUCACUAGCCGAGAAGUGAAGCCAGAAGAAAUAACUUGUUCAGAACACUGUUUACAGAAGUAUUUAAAAAUGACCCAGAGGAUAUCUAUGAGAUUUCAGGAGUAUCAUAUUCAGCAGAAUGAAGCGUUGGCUGCCAAAGCAGGACUCCUCAGCCAGCCCCGCUAGAAAACAGCAGAUUGUCCCACCUGAAGGAGUGCUAGCAUUGUCUACACUACAUGCGAGGAUGCCUGGUGUCUAGUGCUAUUCUGGCAACACCUACCACCAGCUCAAUAAUGGGAUUGCUUAAAGAAUGAUUCAGUUGUCUCAAAAUAUCUGGUCUACAGUUGGGAUUGAACAGCCAUGGAGUUCAUGGAGUUCAUCUUUUUUUCAAGAUUGUCUUUUACUGUAAUGCAGGAAUAAUGUUGAUUCCAUCUUUUCUGGAAAGAUGGGUUGGUUCUGCAUGUUAAUCGGUUACAGAUAAGGAACAAAAACAUUUUAUUUUUUAUUGUUUCUAAUACAGCGAUUAUUCAUUUUAAAAGAAAAAUGUGUUGUCCAAAAUUAUAUGUAAAAGUGUCUAAAACAAGCUUUAUUUUUUAUUUAAUCAAAGUAAAAGAGAUAAGAAUUACUGUUGCUUUUGAGAAGUUUUUUGGAAUUAUCAACAGUCAUUAGGUACUCUCUUAAGAAAAGCCUUGUGUAACACUGUAUUCUCAGUCAUCUCCAGCAUUCUGCUGGCUCACAGCUGUCUCAAAUCGCUAGUAAAGGGGAGAAAUAGAGUAAUAAUGCACUUAGAUAUAGAACAUAUUGAUUUUCUAAAAACUAUAUUCUAAGAAGAUAUUUAUAUUCGUAGAUAACAAAUAUUACCUCCUACUUUCCCUGGAUGCUUGCAGGUCUUAUUUUUCCUCUGACCCCAACAUUCUAAUUUAAAGAGACUACUUUCAAUGGUUUAAGGAAUAAUUUAGAGGCAUAUGAAGUUGAAGAAUAAAAUAGUUAACUAUUAUGGACCAGCUUAGCAACUUGAAUGGUAGAUCAUUGGAAACAAUGUGGUGUAGUUGAUAUAACAUGUUAACAAAUUAGGUUAACAAAUGUGAUUCUUGCAUUCACAUACUAUACCUAAGUAAAUAAAUUGAUCUGUUAUUUAACGGCAUUUAAUGACUGGUUCAUACAGCAUAAAAUAGUAGCUCAAUUUUCACUUUAAAUACACAGUUCCAUUUUUGUUUAGCCUAGCUUGUUGUGUGAGCCUGAUGAUUGCGAGACGGGAGUAUUAAUUUAAUUUAAUGUAUUGCUAUCUUUUAAAACCAUUAGAAAAGUUUAAUUCAACUUUUGCCCAGAAAAAUGAAGCAGCAUUAAAAUCUUACUACUCUACAAAGAAUAGGAGGCCUGAAAGAAUUUCCUUUUUCCAGGAAAAAAAGCCCAAGACUUAAUGCUGUUUCAUAGAAAUACCUUCUUGUUGAAUUCUCU